AUGACUGAGGAUGUUAAGAAGGUUUGUCGAGAGUGUCUCAAAUGCCAAACCUCGAAGGCCGGGAAUGUCAACUCCACGCCACCAAUGGGAAUGCAGAAAGAAUUCGUGGAGUACCCGUGGCAAUUCGUUACACUGUACUAUGUUGGUCCGCUUCCGGCUUCGGGAAGGGGCCGUCACACGUGCCUCUUAGUAGCCACUGACGUCUCCAGUAAAUUCGUUUUAAUCCAGCCGUUCAGAAAAGCAAAAGCGAAUUCGUUAGUAGAUUUCGUCAGGAACAUGAUUUUCCUCUUGUUUGGCGUACCAGAAGUCGUGUUAACGGACAAUGGUACACAAUUCACGUCGAAAGCAUUCCGUGAUCUGCUAGCCGAAUUCAACGUAAACCACUGGCUCACUCCUGCUUACCACCCACAGGUUAAUAACACGGAGCGGGCUAACCGGGUGAUAACCACAGCUAUUCGGGCAACCAUCAAACAACACAAAGAGUGGGCAGAUGACUUGCAAACCAUUGCCUGUGCAAUUCGCAACGCGGUACACGAGUCGACCAAAUACACGCCCCACUUCGUGGUUUUCGGCAGAGAAAGAGUAUCUGAUGGAAAGGAAUAUGCUAGAAUGCGAGACAAUUCCGGAAUCAAUCUAGUGCAGCGUCAAGAUUUAGAAAACAGAAGGAAAAAACUUUUCGAAGAAAUCAGUAAUCAGUUGACAAAGGCCUAUGAGCGGCAUAAAAAACAGUACAAUUUGCGAUCGAAUCCCGAUUGCCCAACCUAUUCGAUUGGAGAAACUGUACUGAAGCGUACUUUUGAGCUGUCGGAUAAAGCGAAAAGUUUUUGUGCAAAGUUAGCACCGAAGUUCGAACUCGCCGUAGUUAGGAAAAUAUUAGGAAAACACUGCUACGAGCUUGAGGAUACGAAUGGGAAGCGACUUGGUGUCUUCUACGGGAACCACCUGAAGAAGGCGCAUUCACCCAAGAAAUGA